GAGGCCUUUACAGCACAGAGAUCCAGCCAUGGCACCUACAAUCACUUCAGCUAUGAUCUACUCUAAGAACCACCUGACUCUGACCAACAAGCUAAGAAAGCCAGUGGUGGAGAAGUUACGCAGAGAUCGUAUCAACAGCUGCCUUGAGAAGCUCAAGUCUAUCCUGGGUCAAGAGAUCCUCAAUCAGCAGCCCGACUCCAAGCUGGAGAAAGCAACCAUCCUGGAGAUGACAGUGAGCUUCCUGAAACGACAGCAACAGUAUCAACCAUUGAGCUCCUCCUCCUGCUCUGCACCUGACAAUCAGGGUUACUCCAGGUGUGUCCAAGAGAUUGUGCACUUCCUGUCCAAGGAUGAGGUGACGACAGAGUCCCAGAGAAGACUGCUGAGCCACUUCCAGAGCCUGCAGCCAUCCUCUGAUAAGAACAGGAGGGAGAGUGACCUGCUUCAGUUGAGCACCCCAGCCCAGCACAGCAUGAGCAAAGAGAAGGGUCCAGUCAACAGCGCCAUCUGGAGGCCCUGGUAGAGUCCUACAGACUGGAUCUUCAUUCUCAUGCAGGACAUUUCCCAGUCCUUAUUACAGAGGAGUUCAUCCACAUUUUCUGCAUUUGCAGGAGUUUAUGUUAAUUUGUAAUGACAAAAUGCAUUGAACAAUAUCAAUAUUUGAAUCUUCCUCUCUUGAUUACAAGAGGAUCAAUAGCAUAUUCUGUUUUAUAUUUAAUUUUUAUGAAGUGAAUAUACUGUGUAUUGUU